UCAGGAUGGUUCUGUAGGGUGAAAGUUCUUUCAGUAUGAAGACUGAAUGGGGUCAGUACUUAAUACAGCAAACAUAGCAGUAAUUAUGGAAUUAUGCAAUAUUGUUUUGCUCUAGAGUUUUGCAAAAGUGACUGGAUGACCUUAAGAAGAAAAAUUGACCUGAUCAUGGACCAUUGUACGGACUUAUAACCAUCAGUGAGAGAUGAUUCCACAUGAAGCACAUGGAUCCUUUCAUUACAAGAGUCCUGACAUUACGCAAGACCAAGGUAAAAGCGGGGCAAAGUAAUAUAACUAUGAAAAUGUUGACAACUGAGAUAUACUUUGCACUCUAAAAAAUCCUGAUCAAGACAAGUGGGUUAAAAUACAGGAAAAACUCCAAGACCAUGAAGUCUAACCAGGAGCGCUGUAAUGAGUGUCUUCCGCCGAAGAAGCGGGAGAUUUUAGCUCUGGAAGAGAAGCAGGUGCUGGUGUCAGCUGCUGUUAGUGAGAGCCAGAGUGGAGAGAAUUUGGCUUGGCUAGCCAGCGUCGCUACCAUGGCUAGCAUGGCCCACAUCCCCAACAAUGCAGGCCCAUCACUGAGCAACAGUGCAGAUCCUGACAGCCCCCCACCAUCAAAUAAGGCUCUCACUGUGGUGACAGAAUAUCCUACAGCUACUUCAUCUGCUGGCUUUUCAUUCUCUUCCAAUAGCUCCACAUACAGAGGAGUCUUCUCUGGGCCUACCGUGCUAACAGCCAAUCCUACAGUUCUCUCCUCAAGCCUUCCCCAAACUAUAGGCUCCGUCCAAUAUACACAACUUCCCCAUCUCCAGCUCAUAGGGCCCUAUACAAGUUAUAUCUCUUCACAGAUUGUACCAUCCACAUCCAGUCCAACACAGACACGGAGGACACCACAAGAGGUCUUGGCCACAACAGCUGUCAUCUCUCAAGCAUCCAGCCUUGAUUCACAGAGUCAUCAUGCAAUUUCUUCUAUAUCAAAUGUUUCCCAUGGUCAAUGCAUUCAGGUAGAGAGUGCUCCUUUGGGUUUGACAGUUUCCUCCCCUUCUGUCCAACUGCCCCUUCAAAUCCAUCCACACUCAACUGUCCUUGCCCCUCAUGCCCUGGCUCUCACCCCCUCUCAAGUGGUUCUACACUACACUGAUGGCUUCAUUGCGAAGCAGCUGGACUCCCAUCCCAGAGAGGUGCAAAAUGGUGCACUGGGAGAGGUUACAGUUGUCAAGCCCGGUACUACUAUGGCCAAAGGGAUCUCUAGCCAACCAGAAGGUGACCAGAGUCACAAGCAAAAUCAUAACCUGGGCCUCCAGACCCAAGCUCAGGUUUUGCUCCCAGCAGACUAUAGCUCUCAUGACAGAGCAGGACUACAGACAUCGCUGAUGUUGGUAUCCAGUAGCCACCUUGCAGCAAACAGCAACUCUGAGUUCCAAAGUGUCAUGGUCAAGGACCACUCAUCGUUGCACCUUGCUGAGAGAGGAGGUAUCUGCCUAGGUAAGCCAAUGUCCAGAGUGUCCGCUCUUACUUCCUCAGACAGCCAAGUUUCACCGGCCUCCACCAUCUCGCAGCACACACUCCUGCAGGCUCCUCACAACACCCCCCAGCAGGAGCUCUCCACCAGCCUUUAUCCUGCCACACAGCUCCCAAUUAUUGGCUACAUCACUAGUGCUUCUGGUGGACCCCAGCAAGCAGUAACUGGUUAUCAAAGCAACCUGCCACAGCACGUGGUGAUCUCAGGCAACCCCUCCUUGCUCAUUCCGGUUAGUGCCACUAACAUCAAUCCAUCUACUGCUGAGCCAGAGGUCACCCACUGUUCUGUCAUCCCUAGUGUAGCCAAUGCAUCAACAACUCUGCCUCAGACCUUUAUUAAUACAUCCCCACCUGCAGCUGCAGCUUCAGUCCUAGCCAAUGGUAAAGACAUCACAGGGUCUGAUGGAAGUCAUGCCCCCUGUGCCAUGAGAAGUCCAAGCCAAAUACAGCUGCCUGUUCUUUCAGCCAAUGUAGUGGGAUCUCCAGUCCCUGUAACACCUCCAGCAUCUACAAGCCCUCAAAGCUCACCAUCAUCACCAUCAGCGGGCCUACCACCAUUCUUCAUGAAGGGCUCUAUUAUCCAGUUGGCAGACGGUGAGCUGAAACGCGUGGAGGAUUUGCGAACAGAGGACUUUGUUCAAAGUGCAGAGGUGAGUGGAGAACUGAAGAUUGACUCCAGCACUGUAGAGCGCAUAGAGUGCAGCCGAACACCCAAUGCUGUCAUCAUACAAUUCUCGGUGGGAGAGAACAAAGCCCAGGUGUGUGUAGAAGUCCUGGUGGAAUACCCCUUCUUUGUGUUUGGUCAAGGUUGGUCAUCCUGCUGCCCUGAUCGCACCACCCAGUUGCUAGCUCUAUCCUGUGCCAAGCUCUCUGUGGGUGAUGUUUGUAUCUCUCUCACUCUUAAAAGCCUAAAAAAUAGCAUUCAAAAGAAAAAUAAUUGUUCAGCGUCUGUGAUGAAACACAACAACCCUUUGAAAUCAGCCAAAAACAAUGGGUCCAUUGAGGAAAGACCAACCCAAAUGGAGGAUCUUAAGAAAGGACACAAAAUUACAUCAAGAGUGGAGAAUAGUGUCGAAGGAACACUGGUUGAGACUUCCAACCAAAGAAAUGUGUUGACCUUCUCAGAGAACGGGGGCAUAAAUCCUCAGACACUGGUCAACCAAAACAACCAGGCAGAAAAAACACACACAUCUAGUGCAGAGAGAGCAGUUAGCCGCAAGAGGAGAUGGUCUGCCCCAGAGAGAGGAGAAAUGUGGAGGUCGCAAGAGGACCCUCAGAUUUUACCCAAAUUUUCCUUCCUCCCACAUCAGCUGAAGGUCAGCAUUGAGGGUCGCUCCAGCACGGGUUGCUGAGGGCCUUCUGAACAUCAUAGAGGAUUGAUAGGGAGUUGUUUUCUUUCCAAGAAUACAUCAAUUAGCCUUACUUGAUUAAUUUGAGAAAUCACAUAAAGUUGAUCAACUGAAUAAAAUUUGUUUUUGCUUGGUGUCCAAUGCUUUUGCUUCAACCACAAAAAUUUCCCCAUCACUGCCAUGAACUCAAAGAGGGACAAGGAAGAGCCGAUUUUCUUUUUAGUACUUUGCGUUGCUUUCCUAUGACAUUCAUAUCCAGGUUACUGUAAUGUUAUAUCUUUUUACACAAGAAUGUGUGUGAUCAUUUGGUUCGUCUCAUAUGUAAUAUUUAUCUUUAGAUUUUCCUUUUAAAUCAGCUGGACAAUACAAUUUUGGGUUGUAUAUUGCAAUGUCUGACCAUUUUUUUUUUUUUUUGCUACACUCAACUUGCUACACAUUUAGUCUAAUUUAGUCUACUGUUGUGUUUACUGAGUUCAUUCAUAAUCUGGGCCUUUACUGGAUAAGGACCGUUACAAGGAGUGAUGGCAAAAGGUGAACAGUGAGAUAUGUAAUCUGUGUGAAUAUUGCAGAUAAGUGAUUUCGAGGAGUUGAGCGAGCGCGUUUAUCUUGACAGAAGCCACCUUCUACUUGUUACUGCCCCCAUAAUCCUGUACUUAUAUAAUGUCAGCUGAGAAUGACAGGCCUUGCUCAAGUGACUACUUUGAAUCAUAUCUAGGUCAAGUAUAGCAUCAAAAUACAUUGAAUGUUUUAUCCUUAUAUUUUAAUUCAAUUGCUGAUAGUCUUCUAGAUAUGCAAUACUGAGCUUUCACAUACCUCAUAUGUGCAUUUAGCAAAUAACCCAAUCAGAUUGCCUCAUCGAAUCUGUGAGUGAGAAAGCGUUGAAGAAAUCUUCACAUUGUCAAACUGGCUGUAGAAAAGUCUCCGCUCAAGUCAGAAUUAGCACUUUAAAGAAAGGUUAAGGGAAGUCGAAUGAAUGAUAGGUUGGAAACAUUCCCACUUCUGUUUUGUUACUACAACAACAGACAGUUUUGAGUUCUGUUAGUCAAUUCAUUUUGUGCAUUACUAUCCAUUUUAUGUGUAACGCACCUCUCAUUUGGUAUUUUUAAAUUACUGAUGUCUGCUUUACACUAUUUUAAGUAUUGUGGGCCUUUCUCAGUCCAGCUGCAUUAAAGAACUCUUUGUUAAGACACAAUAUAAUCACCAUACAUUGAAAACUAAAUCGACACCGGAUUCUUGAUGUUCAAAACACGCAACGUUUCAUAUGUUCAUCCUAAUAGAAUUGGCCUUUUUGUAUCAAAACUUGUUUAUACAAGAAAUUCAUCAUCUAAUGAAGUUAACAAAAUUAUGUGGAUAAAAUAUAUCCAGAUAUAAUAAUUUAAUUAGCAAAAAUCAGUGAGUCAAAGGAGGAUGUGGUGCUUUGUUCAAUCUGUUCUUCUAUUGAAAAUGAAAUUUUCCAGUAGGCGAAAAUGGGAAAAGUUGGUUUGUGAAAAUUAGACAUGAUCUAGGAUAUGUUUAAUGGACUAUGCCUCAAUCCUCUUUUAAAAUUAUUUUGAUUUCAUCAUAAUUAGCAGUAUGUCACUAGUGACCUAAACAUGGACAGUCUUUGUGUUCUCCGCAGAGAAAAAAAAGAAAGAAAAUGAUGAAUGUUGAGACACUAUUUUAGAUUUUAGUAUCCACCUUGUCUAUUUGUCUUUAUUUUUGCUGUACUGGACAAGCUAAACAAAUUUAAAGAAAUUAAUUUAGUACACUGCAAUGAAAAAUGAUAAGAUAAUAAGACAAAGUUUUUUUUAUAUGACAAAUAUAAUUGCUAUAUUCCAUAAAUAAAAGUCACAUGGGAUUGUAUUUUUCGUGCAAAACAGUCACAAAAUAAUUCUUAUCUAACUCCAUUGACUGCUGUUAUAAAUUCAGAAAGAAAUAUUGAAAUUCAUAUAAUAAUUUUGCUAUUUGCACAAAUACACAUUUUAAAGAGAAAAGUCAAGUGUAAGUAUGGAGUGUUAUAGUUAACACUUCAUAUUGCUAGCUCGGUAGGUCACCUAACAUUUUGAUAUGUGUGGUCAUGAGUGUGAGUUUGUUGACUGACUUAAGUAAAUGUAUUGUUGUGUCUAGGGUUAUAUUCAGAUGGAAUCAUAAUAGACCUCAUAUUGCAGACGUAAUGCUUGAUUGCACAUUCAGUCCAAUUUGGAUUUGGAAUUUAUGCACUUUUGAAGAGAGAGGACAAUGAAAGGGAUGGUUGAUUAGUAGCCUCACAUACCUAUAAUUUGUUCAAUGGAGUCUAUUGUAAUGGUGAUCUUGGUAAGGCAGUAGAAGACUUAGUGCUAUGACAAUAGAAACCAUUACGAAAUUGUCAAUGUUUUUCUGGACUGUUGUUUGUUUCAUAUGUAUCAUUGUUCUCUCUCUUUUCUCUAUACCCUUUCCCUGUGUAGCUAUGUACAUUUAAACCUCAGAGUGGGUGUGUGUGUGUGUGUGUGUGUGUGUGUGUGUGCGCGUGUGAAUGUGUGCACUGUGUGGAUAACUUCUUUGAAGUCAGUCAGGUUUUUGGCAAUGUUCUUUUAUGUGCGUUUCUGUUUCAAUCUAACAAUAGUGAUUUAUUAUCAUCUGCAUAAAAUAAAAACCUUUUUUCUUGUUAAAAAAGAAGGCUGUAAACCACUUGAAGGCAUAAAAGCGUUAUAGCGAUUUAUAGUGAAACUGAAUUCUCAGGUUGAGAAACUGGCCCGAAGACUGUUUCUGUUUCCUGUAUUACUUUUUGCAAAAACACUCAGUUACACACAGUAACAACAUUACAACUAAAACUGAAGUCAUUUUAGCUCCAGUGCUAAGUCACUGGCUGACUAUUGUGCCCUCUACAGCCCAUCACUGUACACGCAAUGUAUCGAGGCUAACUUUAGCUAGCAUGAUGAUAUGUUGUGGGUGUAGCUCACAUGCUUGCUAUUGAAAAUGUGUUCAUAGGAGAAAAUAAAACUGUCUGGUGUAAUGUACAAGGUUGGGCAUCAACAAUAUGGCUAUAUGGGUGUCCAAAGACAGUCAGGAUUUGUUGUAUGCAUAUGCCUCAAUGGUUUAUAGCCAGGAUUAGCUCUAGCAAUACCACAAGGCCUCAUUAAGGGUUGGAAGACCAAACUUGACAUCUAGAGAUUGAUCUAUAAAAUACACAGUCACUGAUCCCAUUUUUUGUUUUUAAAUAUUAUUUUAAAGGAAGUUCUAUAGUUUACCUCCCGUUAGAUCUCAGAGACACUUAUCUUUAAAAAAAGAAGUAAAAAAAAGCACAUAACUGAUUUCUCACUUUCUUAUAUAUUUGAUGUAAAUGACUAUAUUUGUGUGAUUCGUGUACCUGUGAUAUUUUUCUCGUUCUUUGAAAAGCUCCUUUUCUACAAACUGACAAAAAGCAAUUAAGACGGAAGUCAACCUCAACUUUUCUAACUGUAUUGUGUUUGUGAACAGAGCAUCCAAGACUGUUCAGUGAAGUCAGUGAUCAUUUAUUUGGUGGUGCUUGCAAGUUUUUGUAGCUGUUUUGAUUUUUGUGAAAUGGAAAGGAACGUCGGACUCGACUUUUGGCAAAUAUGUCAAUAACUUCCUGUAUAGUACAAAUCUAUUGUAUCUGUAUAAUCACUCUAAUAAAAUACUGUGCCAAUUUUA